CCUCCAUUGGUAAAAUUUUAAACCGACACUUUCGCCAUUCCCCAAUUUUCAUAAUUUACAACAAGAAGUUUUAGGGUUAGGGAUUAUUUUUGAAGGAUGAGUCCCACCGAAGGAUCAACGAAAGGCGGGAGAGGGAAGCCCAAGUCAACCAAGGCGGUAUCGAGAUCGCAUAAGGCUGGGCUUCAGUUUCCGGUGGGGAGGAUCGCUAGGUUCUUGAAAGCCGGAAAAUAUGCUGAGCGUGUUGGUGCCGGAGCUCCCGUCUAUCUCUCCGCCGUAUUAGAGUAUCUUGCUGCUGAGGUUUUAGAGCUUGCUGGAAACGCAGCGAGAGACAAUAAAAAGAAUCGAAUAGUUCCAAGGCACAUCCAACUAGCUGUACGGAACGAUGAAGAGCUAAGUAAGCUUUUGGGUUCAGUCACCAUUGCAAAUGGAGGUGUUUUGCCGAAUAUUCACCAGACUCUUCUUCCCAGUAAAGGGGGAAAAAAUAAGGGUGAUAUCGGAUCAGCUUCUCAGGAGUUUUAAACUCUCUCUCGCUCUUUUGCUUCCAUGAGUUUCUUUUAAACGGUUGUAUGAUAUGCAACGUUUAGUACUAAAUUUUUUUAUUUAUGGCUUUAGCCUUGAACUCUCCAUGUUAUCUUUUUGAUGGAAGCAGUAAUAUAUCAAAGCUUUUUAAUAUUAAA